AUGUUUACCUACCCGGUAUUACUUGUAACCGAACCGGAUAUUAUCCACGAUAUAUUGGCAUCACCAUGUUGUACGAAUAAAAGUGUUUUCUAUAAACCGCUAAACAUAGCUGUUGGAACAGGUCUAUUUUCUUUGAAAGAUCCCGAAUGGAGUGUUCAUAGAAAAUAUUUGAAUCCUGCCUUCGGCUUUAAAAUGUUACAGAGUUUUAUGCCAAUCUUCAAUGAGGAGGUGGACAAGGUUGUAGAGCUUUUCAAAGAGACUACUGAAUUUCCAGAUGUGACAUCAUUGUUGCAAAAUUUUACAUUGAACGUGGCCAUAAGAACAACAAUGGGAGUUAAUGUUGCCAAUGAGUUUCAAAAUGGAUCCAAAAGUGGCAUAAUCAAAAGUUUUCAGUGUAUUUUGGAGAAUCUACCUCUUAUGAUGCUCAUAAAUAACAAAUUAAAUGGAGAUGGUGGCGAGGCUAAUUUGAUGCAAGGAGAAUCAAAGAAUAUUUUCAUUGAUCAAGUUAUUGAACUUAUGAAGAAGAAUGUCUUUACAUUGCAGCAUGUAGAAGACGAAUCAAAUACAAUCAUAUUCGGGGCUUUCGAAACGACGGCCAAUACAAUUGGACAUAUUCUAGUUUUGCUUGCAAUGUUUCCUGAAUUUCAACAAAAAGUCUACGAGGAACUAUUGGCCAUGUUUCCAGAUGGGGGAGAUUUUGAUGUGACCUAUGCGAAUAUUCAAAAUAUGACCUAUAUGGAUAUGGUAAUCAAUGAAUCUAUGCGUUUGCUGACACCAGUACCCUUCGUAGCACGUGAGAAUUCAAGUGAUAUCGAGCUAUCCAACGGGAUGGUUAUACCAGCUGGAGUGCAAUUUGUUCUUAACAUUUUCACCAUGCACAGAGGUAAAGAUUUGUGGGGUCCCAAAGCUGACAUGUUUGAUCCGGACCAUUUUUUGCCUUGUAACAUGGAAGGCAAACAACCGUAUGCAUUUAUUCCCUUUACAAAGGGAAUUCGGAAUUGUAUAGGAUGGAAAUAUGGUCUCAUGUCGACAAAAGUAACCUUGGCAAAGUUAUUAAGGAAUUUUAAAUUUUCCACCGAUUUGCAAUAUUCGGAUUUGGAGUUUAAUUAUGCGAUUGUACUGAGGCUAAAACAUACACCCUGUUUGAGGAUUGAAAGAAGAUAA